AUGUCUCAAUCUUCAUUUUCUCCGCAAUAUUAUGAGAUAUUACAACUACACCAAAAAAGUAAUGAAUAUUAUAAAGACAAAUCCAUAGUACAAGUAAAAGAAGAAUCGUUUAGUAGCAUUCCUGCAAUUCCAGACAAUUUCAUCAUCGACGAGGUUAAAUUAGAUGAAAAGUAUAGAAUUAAAAGCAAGGAAUAUUUGGAGGAUGGAUUGAAAAUAUAUGAGGAU